GUUUGGGCUUUCCGUAGUUUUGAGACUCGGCGCGCGUUGCAGCGGGGACUGGUGGGAAAUUUGUAUUUUCACGGUGGGUUGAAGUUUGUUGUGUGUGCGCGCGCUGUGUAUUUCCUCAAAAAAAAGCAUGGCUCUCAACUUCCAGACAUCCACCCUUUCUCUGACUUUGCCGAUUUCGUGCCAGAUAUGUCUCGGAAAGGUCCGGCAGCCGGUCAUUUGUGCCAACCACCACGUGUUCUGUUCACCCUGCAUGGAAAUGUGGUUGAAAAAAACGAGCCAGUGUCCCACCUGCAGAGUCCCCAUCACAGCGGAGAACCCCUGCAGGGAAAUCAUCGGGGGCACAAAUGAGAGUGAUCACCAUGAUAGUCCUUCCACAAGGAAAUGCCUGAGAAAAACCAGAGGAGAACUGCUUUUGCGAGAGUAUGAGGAGGAAAUUGAAGGGUUCAUCAUGGAAAAUGAGGAUCUGAAAACAAAAAAUCAAAGUCUGGAGUCCCAGCUGAAGACCGCUCUGGAUCCCUGCAGCAUGAAAGCAGUGCAAACGGAAGACAACCACGUUGACCCCUGUGUUGUGGAAGAAUGGAUGAACAAGCUGCGGGCUGCCACCGAUGUUUGUGACAAAGUAAAGCAGGACACGGAUAGGCUAAAGGUGGCAAAUAAGAUGUUACGAUCUCAAAAUGUCGACCUUAUACAGGAGAAUAUGAGAUUGAAAGCAGAGGUGGCAAGCAGGUCUCCUCAGAAGUUUGGUCGUUGCACAGUGGCAGCGCUGGAAGCUAAAAUCCAGCAGCAUGAGCGUGAUGUGGACCACUUGACGAGGGCUCUGGAGCGCAGCGACCAGUACAUUGAAGACCUGGAGUCUCGGGUCAGGAAGUCUGAGAAGAGGGGCGUUGACGGGCAGGAAGCAUGCAGGGACGGCAAGGCCGAGUCGGAAGCACUCACACAGCAAUACAAAAUCAACAUGAUGAUGAGAAGCCUGAGUGACAAUGAGAGGGAGUCGAUCCUCAGCAAUCCAAUGGUGGAAGGUCGAAAUCCCAGUUUGAUGCUCAUGCCAUCUGCGGAUCCCAAAGAGUCUAAUAAGAAUCUGACUGGAGACCAGAAAAACGGGGACUCGGAAAGCACCCUGUCCGACCUUUUGCCCACCACGCCGUCCUCUGCCUUCCGAUCGCUGACUCUGAGAAGCCCUGGCGUCCGUGAAAAGAAAGUUGCAUUUAAACCAGCGUCUUAUCUGAGGAAGCUUGAUUUUGAAGAAUGUCCUAGCCCUGAUGAGAGCAGCAUCACCACCACCGCGGAGAACCAAAUCGGCAGCCUUGACAAGUUCCCCAAUGGCUUGCCUGCAAAUAAUGACGAGGAACCCUCAAAGGCUGUCUUCUGGGUUGAUUGGCAGAGUUCUACAUCUAAUGACGAGUCCUGUCUGGAUCUAAAUGAAGACGGCUCAGUAAAAGAAGCUGAAGCCACAGCCCUUGAAGGCGAUGAGUCCGGUGGUUUCCAGAUGUCCAGCGAGGCAUCCAUGGAUGCAGCUUACCGGGACAAAAUCUCAGAGUUGGACUCCAUGAUGUUGGAUGGAGAGAGUUCAAGUAGCCGCGGAUCACAGCUCUCCCUGGCUUCCUCCCCGCGUGCAGUCUUGGACCGCGCUCUGGUCCCAGAAAAACAAACAUGCCCCGAUGUCUCGACGAGUCGCGGUGACGAAGCCGCUGUACAUUGUGACCAGAAGAAGCACUCGCCACCUAACAACAUGGGCGGCGCCUUUAGUUAUAAAGAGGCUCCGAAAGGCUCGCCAGAGGAAAGUGAGCCGGUGUCGAGUAGUGAGAGCGGAAGCCGUGUCCCCGACUGUGGCCCCCCUCAGACGGACGAACUGUCCUUUGAUUUGCUGUUUGAUUCACUGGAAGAGAAUAAGGCCGGUCCCUCCGGCUCUCUCAGUCCAGCAAGCCAGGACCACGAUCAUGUUAACUCCUCCCCUCCUGCCUCGUCCCCCAGCUGCACUGGUAAACCUGUGAACACACCAAGAGACAGACUAGCAUUGAACAUCAGCCAGCCGACAAAGAGGAAGUCUCACAGUCCCUUUAACACAAACAGUCCCACGAAACUUUCAAAGCUCAUGUGAAGGUUUUAAAAUGAGAACCUGCCGUCCACUGUAGUGUGUGUGUGUGUGUGUGUGUGUGUGUGUGUGUGUGUGUGUGUGUGUGUGUGUGUGUGUGUGUGUGUGUGUGUGUGUGUGUGUGUGUGUGUGUGUGUGUGUGUGUGUGUGUGUGUGUGUGUGUGUGUGUGUGUGUGUGUGUGUGUGUGUGUGUGUGUGUGUGUGUGUGUUUGUUUGUGUGUGUGUGUGUUUUUGGGUACGGCUUCACAAAUCACACACGGGCCGAAAAAAUAACUUCACCUUUCUCCAGAAUAGAUUUGUGAGCGUGAUGGUCCUGUGUAAGAUAUUGUAUGAACUGAGACAAAAUAUGACAGUUUUUGUGCGUAGUCUACUCACAGGUCUCUGGUAGUUCAAUGCUCUUGAGGCCUUUCUGUAAUCUGACAAACACUUCUGUGCUGUUCUUUGUUACGCUGUAUAGUGCGCUUGUAUGUGUUUAUCCCUCCAAGUUAUCACGUGAACACGGUCCACAAGAUAAUCUCUUUAAGAUGGCUUUGUAUGCAAUGCUGAAGACCAACAUGGAAAACUGGUAUUUUGAAAUAAACAUUGCAGUGUAAGAGUUUGUUAGGAAAUAAAGUAGUAAUGCAAGGAG